UUAAAGGGUACGAAACAUCACCCGUUGGUCGCCAUAAAUGAAAUGAGCAAAAAAUACGGUCCGGUCUAUACGUUUUGGUUGGGAAACAAUCCCACAGUUUUCAUCCACGACUUGGAUUUGGCUAAAAAGGCGUUCAAUACGAGUGCGUUCGCCGGCAGACCUCAAAUACCAUUCAUAAAAAUGUUUUGCAAUUCUCGGGGAACUGACGUAUUGUUUGCCGAUUACGGCAAGAGUUGGCGAUGUCUGCGGAAUAUAACCCAUUCGGCGGUCCGUAAGUACGCGACCGAAGACCGGUUCGCGUCCGUCACGUGCGAACUCGUCGACGAUAUCGUCGGCUUAAUGCUGGACAGAGAGGGCGUCGGACAGCCUUUUUCUCCCGUCAACUAUAUUCAACUCACACUCUAUAACAUUAUAUGCUAUUCAGUGUUUGGCAAAAAAUACACAUUCAAUGAUCCGGAGUUUCUACGUCUGGAGAGUAUCACCAAAACAAUGUUUGACUUCGGAAACCGAGGGCUUAUCAUACAAUUCAUACCCAUCUCUGGCCUACUGUUUGUGCCGGAGUUGAGACAAAUGUACAAAAUCUUCCGCCAAUACAAACACUAUAUGAUCGGUCAGUUUAAACGCCACGAGAAGACCUACGAGGAGGGACUGAUCCGCGACUUUACCGACGCGUUGAUCGCCGCCCGCAAUGAGGCCCGCAGUCAGGGAAAGGAGUCGGCGGCCUAUCUCUCCAAUUAUAGUCUGAUCUGUUCCCUAUGGGACCUGUUGUUUGCCGGCGUCGACACCACUCAGAUCACUGUCCAAUGGAUGCUACUAUUGAUGUGUAAGUAUCCGGACGUUCAGCGAAAACUACGACAAGAGGUGGAGGACGUGAUCGGUGUCCGGGAGCCACAGCCCAGAGAUAUCAACGACUGUCACUAUAUUAACGCAUUCAUAUCGGAAACACUUCGUUUCCGACCAGUGCUGCCAUUCGGUGUCCCCCAUAAGACUACCCAAAAAAUUGAACUAGAUGAGCUGACACUACCGGCCAACACACUGGUGGUCGUCCAUCAGCACCACAUCAUGAAUGACCCGAAACUGUGGUCAAAGCCCGAAGUGUUUCUACCGGAAAGGUUUUUGUCGGACAAUCACCAGUACCUGAGAGUACGUCCGCCGGCGUUCAUACCCUUCAGUAUCGGUCAAAGAAGGUGUUUGGGCGAGAAGUUGGCCCUCAAUAACCUCUUUUUGAUUAUUGUCCGAUUCAUUCAAUCCACGAGUGGUUACGAUAUAUCGUUACCCAAAGACGUGUCCGCCGAUGACGUAGACCUGGAGCCCAAUCCGGACACUGCCAUACAGUUUCAAUACCCGAAGCCAUAUAAGAUCGUAUUGAAUAAAGUUUAA